ACAACAGACGUGAAUGGUGGUGGUUCUGAGCAGAGGGGGGAGCAUGCGGAGCUUAGACAGGUGUUGCUGGGGUUUGCGCAUCGCUCGUGAGAUCGUUUGGCAGGAUGGGAGCUGCGAGAACACCCACGCAACCCCACCAUAGUUUCCCAUGUAUUCUGCCGUUUUGCUUUUCGUAAUACGGAAUUCAAUUAACGCUGGAAACCAACUGAACGUCGCAAUGGUGCACCACUCGGGCUCCAUCCAGUCCUUCAAGCAGCAGAAAGGCAUGCACACCAGCAUCAGCGAGAUCCUGAAGGAGAAGAGCCUGAAGCCGUCUCGCCGCAGCCUGCCCUGCCUGGCCCAGAGUCAGACUCAUCCAAUCAACCUCAACCACUUCCUGUCUGUGCCUCUGAGCCCGGAGCCGAAACCAGAAGUUGAGGGUCUGAGUCAGAGCAUCAGCACCUCCUGCAGCCUCCUGCGCCCGCAGACAGCAGAGGAUGGCAAGGAUCAGUACGUGGAGGAGUCAGAGGUGACGUGUGAAACAAAACCAGAUGAAUCAUUUCCGCUACAAAAGCCUGUCACCCGUGCUAAACUAGAGGCCUGCACAGAUUCACGUCAGGGAAAGAAACCAGCUAUUUCCUCUGGGCUGUUUUUCCGAGAUGGGAAAAAGCGUAUUGACUACAUCCUGGUUUACAAGAAGUCCAGUCCACAGGUGGAAAAGAGGUGCACCUUUGAGAAGAAUUUACGGGCUGAGGGUCUAAUGCUGGAGAAGGAGCCCUCCUUGACGAACAACGACAUCAUGUUUGUGAAGGUCCAUGCUCCUUGGGAUACACUUUGCAAAUAUGCAGAGCAGAUGAACAUCCGAAUGCCUUUCAGGAAAAAAUGUUACUUUACGGACUGGAAGAGCAAAACCCUGGGCAGCAGGUUUCAUCUGAGAUGUCGUCAGAUAAAAAGUUGGCUUCCCAGAAAUCCCAUGAAGCUGGACAAAGAGGCCUUGCCUGACCUGGAAGAAAGUGACUGCUACACAGCCCCCUUCAGCAGAGCACGCAUGCAUCACUUCACUAUCAACAAUAGAGAGACCUUCUUCUCCAAUUCCACCAGAAGCAGAAUCCUCCAUCAUGUGCUGCAGCGCACCAAGUAUGAGGAGGGAAAAUUAAAGAUGGGUAUCAACCGGUUAUUGGGCAACAACACAUAUGAGGCUGCAUUUCCUCCUCAUGAGGGUGGUUACAAGAGCAGACACCCAAUUAAGACGCACGGUGCCCAGAACCACAGGCAUCUUCUGUAUGAGCGCUGGGCCCGCUGGGGAAUCUGGUACAAAUACCAGCCUCUGGACCUCAUCAGGCGGUACUUUGGUGAGAAAAUCGGUCUUUACUUUGCAUGGUUGGGCUGGUACACCGGCAUGUUGAUCCCUGCCGCCCUGGUUGGCGUUUUUGUCUUCCUCUAUGGUCUCUUCACUAUGGACUCCAGCCAAGUCAGUAAAGAGAUUUGUGAAGCCAACACCACCAUCAUGUGUCCUAUGUGUGAGGAAACCUGUGAGCCGUGGACACUGAGUGACAGUUGUGUCUACGCGAAGGUGACCCAUCUGUUUGAUAAUGGCGGCACUGUGUUCUUUGCCAUCUUCAUGGCUAUUUGGGCAACAGUAUUCCUGGAGUUCUGGAAAAGGAGGAGGGCAGAACUGACUUAUGACUGGGAUCUCAUCGAUUGGGAGGAGGAAGAGGAGGAGCUAAGGCCUCAGUUUGAAGCCAAGUACUCCGGGGUGGAGAGAGUCAACCCCAUCUCUGGCAAGCCCGAGCCUUUCCAGCCCUUCACAGACAAACUCAGCCGGCUCAUGGUGUCUGUGUCCGGAAUAUUCUUCAUGAUUUCCCUCGUUCUGACAGCCGUGUUUGCCGUGGUGGUAUUCCGUCUCAUUGCGAUGGAGAAGUUUGCUUCUUUCCGCUGGUAUUUUGUGAAGAAGAACUGGCAGUUUGCCACCUCUGGCACCGGCGUCUGCAUCAACUUUAUGAUCAUCAUGUCUCUCAACGUGGUGUAUGAAAAGGUGGCCUAUCUGCUGACAAAUUUAGAGCACCCACGGACGGAGUCUGAGUGGGAGAACAGCUUUUCUCUGAAGAUGUUCCUGUUCCAGUUUGUAAAUUUGAACAGCUCCACAUUUUACAUCGCUUUCUUUCUCGGAAGGUUUGCUGGCAGGCCUGGAAAAUACAAUAAACUCUUUAAUCGAUGGAGACUGGAGGAGUGUCACCCGAGUGGCUGUUUGAUUGAUCUGUGCCUGCAAAUGGGAGUCAUCAUGUUCUUCAAACAAAUCUGGAACAACUUCAUGGAGCUCGGUUAUCCCUUGCUGCAGAACUGGUGGUCCCGUAGAAAGAUGAAGAAAGUAGGUGGUGGAGGGCAGAAUGUAGAGAAUAAAGCUCAGCUUCCGCAGUGGGACAAAGACUGGAAUCUGCAGCCGAUGAACGCACAUGGACUGGUGGAUGAAUACCUUGAAAUGGUUCUCCAGUUUGGCUUCACCACCAUCUUUGUAGCGGCGUUCCCGCUGGCUCCUCUCCUGGCUCUGCUUAACAACAUCAUUGAGAUUCGUCUUGACGCCUACAAGUUUGUCACUCAGUGGAGGAGACCCAUGCCUGCUCGAGCCACUGACAUAGGUAUCUGGCAUGGAAUCCUCGAAGGUAUCGGUGUGCUGGCAGUCAUCACCAACGCCUUUGUCAUCGCCAUUACCUCAGACUACAUCCCCCGCUUUGUUUACGCCUUCAAAUAUGGCCCGUGUGUUGACAAGGGACACCACCACGAGGAUGAGUGUUUGCGAGGCUACAUGAACAGCAGCCUGUCUGUGUUUGACAUGUGGGAGACGAAGAACAGCAGCCAGUUCAGAUACUGCAGGUACAGAGACUACAGAGCGCCGCCGUGGAGCUCAGUGCCGUACGAAUUCACCCUGCAGUUCUGGCAUGUCUUGGCUGCCAGGCUGGCCUUCAUCAUCGUCUUUGAGCACCUGGUGUAUGGGAUCAAAUCCUUCAUAGCAUACCUCAUUCCGGACAUGCCGAAGGAUCUCUGCGAUCGUAUGAGGAGGGAAAAGUACCUGAUGCAGGAGAUGAUGUACGAAGCAGAACUGGAGCACCUGCAGAAGGAGAGGAAGAAGAACGGAGGGCGUUAUCACCACGAGUGGCCUUAGCUUUUACCCCCAUGUCUCCACUACACGCCACACAGCCCUCAACUCACAGGCACAACCUCCCCCUGCCUGCUUAUUUAUGUAUUUUAACUUUGAGGCUUCACUCGGCUGAUUCUGUACACCAAAGACACCCUCUUGAGUAACCAGAUCCUCCCCCAAACCUGUCUGGCUUCAGGCUCUGAACCUGACCACUCCCUCACCAUCUGUUCCAUGUCCAGUGUAUUCGCUGCUCUUAGUUUCUGGCUCUGACCCUCUCCUGCCCGCCCCGGCCCAUCCCUCACCUGGCUUCCUCCAUCAGGUUCCUCUUGGGUCUGUGCUGUGUCAUGGCUUCACUGGGAAAACCUGUGCAAUUGUAAUGUUUACUAUGCAGAUCAAGGGCUGCAGAUCACCGCUGUUCCCUUUUGGCACCCAUCCUGCACUCUCUCUCUGUGGCAGCUAGCACUCCGCUUUGACUCUUCUUGGUGCCGCUCGCAUCAUGGCCGUGUUUUUCCUUAUAUGUGGCAGAGGUACAGUGGCACUUAGCAUUUCUUGCUGCAAAAGAGAUUCUGGUGAUGUGGCUACAAAAUACAAUGGACACUGUUUUUGCAAAGCGACUGUAUAUUGCCCUUGAAGCAUGCUGAUUAAUAUUUGCGGCAAGAAAAAAAUAACAGCAUUCAGAAAAUUUGUCAAAGAAUUCUCUAUGACAUUAUAUAAAGUGCAUGGUAAUAUUGUUUUGUACCUUUUGACAGAGAAAGUCCCUGUCUUAAUGCCUGGUUCAUGUGUGUCUGUACUCGAUGUGAGCUGUGUGUUUAUCUGUUUGUGGUACUACUGAGCUUGACUGUCUUGAGUUGAGGAAAUGUGAACUUAGUGUGAUUUGACUGUGCCUACAGUUGUGCGCACCACAAUUGUGUCACCAACAUCACGAGUGCCUGUUUGUGCUGCACGUGCUUUUUUAAGUGCAAGAAAUAUUCUCUUUCAUGGUUCUAAUGUGUGAUCUUCUGUAAACUCUCUGAACUCUCCUGUAAGGAUUUGUUUUGGAUGUGAGUCACACCACAGUACCACAGUACCUGUUUGGAUCUCAGCCAAUGGCUCUGAAAUACGGUAUACGUUGUAACAUGACUCCCAUCAUGAACAAUGUAUACACUUGCAUGCAGGAGCCACAAAUCUGCUCUUCCGUUCUGCGCUCACAGCCUGUUUUUCAUUUGUUGUUGGAAGCCCUGAAGCGUGGUUGAAACUUGGAUCACUUAGACAUACCUGCGGCUUGGAUGUUCAGCUUGCAAAGAACAUCCAACCACUGUUUCUCGCUCACAUAGUACACCAACAUAUUCAGUUCUAGUCCUUUGCUAAGCACACGGUCAGAUGCAGUUUUGGCUGCUUCCUGGCCUUUACUGAUGUGAAACUGAGAAAUCAGUUUUUUUUUUUUUUUUAAAUGUCAUAAUCAUGACCUUUUAUUUGGUCAGUUCUGAUGUCAUGGAGCAGCAUGUGUCUGGGAACUCAGGAAACAGGCAGCAUGAGCGACGCAUCCGUCUGUGAGGCUGAGCCUGAAUCAUAACUAUUUCCUGAUUCAUUCAUGUUGAGAUAGAGAGUUGUGAAGUGAGCAGUAUUAAUGAGGGGGUUUCUAUUUUCUAGGUCAGGGGUCUUCAAUGUUUUUUAAGCCAAGGACCCCUUAACUGAAAGAGAGACGGAGCAGGGACCCCCUACUACAUGUAUUGUAUAAAAUUAACUGGGCCUACAAUAACGUGUAGGGCAGCCUAAAGCCUUUAUACAUACCUUUUUAGUCCAUAGAAUACUAAGCUAUUUAAAUAGCUUAAUAAGGUUUGGCUGGAUUUCAUAAGUCAUGUUUUAUUGUUAAACAUACACGUUUAGAUCCUUAGGAUUAACUGUAUGAUCUGUGGAUGGCCUUAGUGACUACCUUACCCAUAGGCCAAUAAGCGGUGGGGAUUUAUAUUUGAUAAUAAUAUGUUGGAUUCAUGUUAAGAUAUACAUCCGAGUGAGUAAGAUACAAAUGUUAAGACUUUUUAAGUUUUAAAAAACCUUCAAAAAUUAACAAUAAUUUGGAGGCCCCCCUGCAUUGAUUCUGAGGACCGCCUGUUGAAGAUCUCUGUUCUAGGUGAUGAGAACUUUAACGUUGGCCCAAGAGCUUCAGUACAGGUCAUGUUGAUCAUAUGAUGGUUAUUAGGAUUUAGUAAACAUGAAUCUAACAACUGAAGAUAAAGAAUAUAACUUCCCUGAAUGCAUUGCACAACACUGAAACUUAUUUCUCAUUUUACAAGAAUUGUACAUUAUUUAAAAUGUAUUUAUUUUGCUGUUCUCUGUACAUUUUAUGAUGUACGUAAUGUUUUUAUACUAUUUAUUUUGUGCUGUCAGUAUGAGUUCACCUGUUUUCACCCUUAGAUAAACAAAGUAAUGUCCACAUUUCUCAGGUGUCUUCUGAAUGUUUUAUAUUUUCUAAGAUGCAAUUAAAGGUGUCCUGCUUUUAAGACAUAUAUUUUUGCACUGCAGUGCAUCUGCAUGACUAUAGUGCACACUCAGCUAAAAGCAUGUUUCAGUUUUCUUUGCAUAAUCACAGAAGUAUAUUAGAGCAGAUCAGAAAUCACACAGUUCAAAAUGGAGACAUAUGAUGCAGGUCGUUGGUAAGAAGUAAUUUGUUCAAUCAAUUGAUCAUAAUGAUUUAUUUCACAAUUUUUAAAUCUCAUUCCAAUACUUAGAAAACUAGUCCAGGUUUUCAGGAUAUCUUCCCUGCUAUGUGAACAUUGGAAAUCUAUGCAUGUUGUUAUCCUUGAGUUUGAACAGACACAGAUGUAAAUGUACUGGUACAUUUGUACUGUAAAGUAUGCAUGACCUAACGUCUGCUUUGAGCAGACCUAUUUUCUGUAAAGUUGUUAACAGCGUCUUAAACAUAUCACCUCCCUUUUUCGGUGUUGAUCCUUUUUGGAGGCCUGGACAAGACAUAAUGUUUCUUGAUGUGGCAGAAUUUUAAAUUGUAAAGAGUAUUUUCUAAAUAAAAGCUUGGACUCCAGACUUAUUUAUAUAAUCUGACCUCAGAUUGCUCUUUGAACACUCAAUGGUAAUUAAAAUUAUGUUUACCCUCUAACAGCUGACGUGUUUAACCAAUUUCAUGAAUGAAUUUGGCCUUGGAUGUUUGACUUAACCAGCCACUAAUCUUUUUUCUGUUAUCUUCUCCUUUCUGAGAGCUUUGGUUGACCUUCUCACUAACACAAAUGCUGCACAGUGGUGGAAAGAAUGCCUUCUGCUGUUGGCGAUAGCACAAUAUGGGUAUCGCAUAAUAAGUAAUGAUGGCAUGACCUUGCACAUCUCUGCAAAUAUAGCAGUCUAGGGAGGGAUUAAGCUUUCUGUUCCAUGCUAUGCCUCCUAAUAGGAUUGUGCUUGAACAAGUCAUGUACUUGAUGAGGAAGCACAGUGAUGUUAAAUUUAAAUGUACAGUAGGGUGGUAUCAUACGUGACAUGAAGUGUAUCAAUAACAUUGUUUACUUCGUUCUUGUUUACAUGUAAAAACAUACUGAAAUGUAUAAAAAAUAAUGUAACAUAAAAUAAUUUGGAUAUCACUCUUUUCUGUAAUAAAUCAUGGAUUGUAUCUUUUAAAUUAAA